AUGCAAACCAGCAGGGCUCCGGCCAUCAGCGUGAGCGCAGAGAGCUGCAUCCCGGCUGGGCUGCGGCUGGGUCCUGUGCCGGGCAUCUUCAAACUGGGCAAGUACCUGUCAGACCGCAGGGAGCCAGGACCCAAAAAAAAGGUGCGGAUGGUGAGAGGGGAAUUAGUGGAUGAAGCUGGGAGCUCAGCUCUGGAGUGGAUAGGGUUAAUCCGGGCUGCCCGAAACUCCCAAGAGCAGACGCUGGAGGCUGUUGCGGAUCUGCCAGGAGGACAGAUUUUCUACCGGGCGCUGCGAGAUGUCCAGCCGGGAGAGGAGCUCACCGUGUGGUACUCCAACCCCCUGGCGCAGUGGUUUGACAUCCCCGUCACGGCCACACCGACGCACGACGAGAAAGGGGAGGAGCGGUACAUCUGCUGGUACUGCUGGAGGACCUUCAAGUACCCCAACAGCCUCAAGGCCCACGUCCACUUCCACUGCGCGCUGAGCCACGGCCGGCCCUUCCUCCACCACGACCACGGCCGGCCCGCCGCCGCCUUCGGCCUCCCUCCCAAGGAGCCGCCGGCCGCCUCGCUGCGUGGCCACCCGCCCCCCGGCUGCGGCCCGCGGGAGGCCGUCAAGCGAGAGGCCGCCGCCGCCUCCCCGCCGCUCGCCAAGCCGGGACUGCCCAAGCGGGCGGCGGGCAAGGAGGAGCAGGAGCGCGCCCUGGACAUGAGCGUGGGGGCCGCCCGCGGGCCGGGGCCGCUGCUGGGGCCGGCGGGCGGCAACGGGCUGGCGCUCUGUCCCGGGGCGCGUUCGGCCUUCCGCCCCGCCGGGCCGCUGCGGGAGGAGGCGCGGGGGGCUGCCGCCCUCGGCUUCUCCAAGCUGCUGGGGGGGCUGAAGGCGGGACGCGCCUCCGCCGAGGCGCCGCCCAAGUGCGGGGCGCUGCCGGGCGAGGCCGCCCCCCCGGCGGCGGCAGCGGCGGCGGGGCUGGCGUGCGGCGGCGGACUGCGCGCCUUCCCGCUGCUCUCGCCCCUGGAGGAGGCCUCGGCCUUCCGGCAGGUGGAACGGGGUCUGCCCGCCGCCGCGCUGCCGCCCGCCCGCUACCCGCCGCUGCCCGGCGGCGCGCUGGAGCGCUUCGCGCUGCCGCCCUUCGAGGGGCUGAAGGCGUACGCGGGGGAGUGCGGGCUGCCGGUGAUGCCGCUCACCGUCUACAACGGGGAGCUGCUCUACGGCGCCGCGCCCUACUACCCGCUGAAGCUGCACCUCGGCGGCCUCCUCAAGUACCCCGAGACGAUGUCGUACUUCGGGGGGCCUGCGGCGGGGCUGCACGCCGCCGAGCUGGGCUCUCUGGCCAGCAUCGACCGGGAGAUCGCCAUGCACACGCAGCAGCUCUCGGAGCUGGCGGCCGAGAAGGGCCGCGGGCGGCUGGAGGCGCUGCCGGCGGGGUCGGCGGGUGCGGCCGGCGGGAAGCCCAAGACCGGUCACCUGUGCCUCUACUGCGGGAAGCUGUACUCCCGCAAGUACGGGCUGAAGAUCCACAUGCGGACUCACACCGGCUACAAGCCGCUCAAGUGCAAGGUCUGCCUGCGGCCCUUCGGGGACCCCAGCAACCUCAACAAGCACAUCCGCCUGCACGCCGAGGGCAACACGCCCUACCGCUGCGAGUACUGCGGCAAGGUGCUGGUGCGGCGCCGCGACCUGGAGCGGCACGUCAAGUCCCGGCACCCGGGGCAGAGCCUCGGCAAGGCGGCCGAGGACAAGAGUGACUCUGGCUACGCGCACCCCGAGCAGGAGCAAAAGACUGACAACGAGAGCGACGUGGACGUCUGCUUCACCGACGACCAGAGCGACCCGGAGAGCGGCAGCAGGAACCGCGAGCAGUGA